UCCGACCAUAUUGAUGUCGGAUCACAUGAACACCAUAUGUCGCCCACGUGGCCCGAUGCGGUUUCGUGUUCCAUCUCAGCGCCUGUUAGUAUAUUUGUCGGCCGUCACACGACACCGCACACACUCUUCUACACAUACGCACUCUCUGAAUAUGAAUAUCAAAGAUGUGUGCAGUGGGUUAUGCCAGUUAGUAUUUCCGUUUCUUUGCACCGAGUUCGAUCUUUUAAUUCCAAAGAUUAGAAUAACUGGAACUAGUUUAGACUAUCUUCCUGAAGAAAAUAAGUAGAUGAAAGAUGUGCAUGCAUGUACAGACAAAUAUUACAACUAUAUUAUUAUACUAGUAAGGUGGACAUUUAUUUGGACUGUCACUUUGACUCAGUUUUCGGUAGAUGGGGUCUGUGAGAGUUUGAAAAAGAAACUAGUGUUUUUAAUAGUUGGUUAUAAUAAUAAUAAUCAAGGAGUUGUUUUCACGAAAUCCCAGACAUUAAACUGGUCUUAAUCAUUGAAACUGGAAUUCACUGGAACAAGGAAAACUGGUGGAAGACCGCAUUGCUGUUAUGAAAUGCUUUCUUGUGGAUCGUGUGCUACUGCCAGCUGAUGCAACUUGUGUUUGCUUCAAGCGAAAGGGAAAUUAUCAACGGAUCUGCAUGAACUUGACACCCCUUCAGGAAGAAAGAACGCGGCGGUUGAAGCGCCGAAUGAAGGUUUACUUUGAUGCUGCUAGUCCAGAUCACCAGGAAGCAUUGAGAGCUCUUUGGUAUGCUACAUAUCCUGGUCAAGAGCUUCAAGGCUUGAUAUCGGAUCAAUGGAAAGAGAUGGGAUGGCAGGGAAGAGAUCCAUCUACUGAUUUCAGAGGUGCUGGUUUCAUUUCUUUGGAGAACCUGUUGUUCUUUGCAAAGACGUUUUCGACAUCUUUCCAGUGCCUAUUGCAAAAGCAGGGAGGAAAGCCGGCUGCUUGGGAAUAUCCGUUUGCUGUUGCUGGUGUAAAUAUCACAUUCAUGAUCAUGCAAAUGCUUGACCUUGAAGCCACAAAACCCAGGACUUACAUCAGAGCAGUUUUCUUACAAAUGUUGUUAGAAAAUGAGUGGUCCUUCGACUUGCUUUAUUGCGUGGCUUUCAUGGUUAUGGACAAGCAGUGGCUUGAGAGAAAUGCUACAUACAUGGAGUUCAAUGAUGUUUUGAAAUCCACUCGAGCUCAGUUGGAGAGGGAACUUCUAAUGGAUGAUGUCUUCCGGAUCGAAGACAUGCCAUCUUACAGCCUUCUUUGUUGACGACGGUAACCAAAGCUAGAAGCACACACAUAAAUGAAAUGACCGACCUAAAAAUUGUACAAUCAUUUUCACUUUGAGGAGCUUAUGAGAAUUGUGUUCAAGGGUUGAGGAAAGGAAAUUAAUUCAUUGAUUAUUUCAUUAUAGUAUUCACGAUUGAAA